UUCGCAGUCGCUCUAAAGCCUUUGUUUCGUCUCAAUAUGUGCUGCAGCUGCUGUGGGGUGACCCAACAAAAGUUCUGGGUCUUCGGUCUGGGAACCUUUUUCGCGGUCUUCGGUCUCCUGGCAAUAAUAUGCUGGCCUGGCUUUAUAGACUCGGAGAUUAUGAAGGCCUUGCCGCUGACACCCACUUCGAAGACUUUCGAAAAAUGGGAGGAGCUGCCCAUUCCGGUGUAUGUCUACAUGUAUCUUUGGAACUGGACCAAUGCCGAAGAGGUGCAGGCUUAUGGAGUAAAACCUGCUUUCGCGCAACUAGGACCCUAUGUUUAUCGAGAGGAGAGAAAGAAGAUGGAUCUUGAGUGGCACGACAACGGAACAGUGACCUUUAACCCCAGGAGAACUUGGUUCUGGGAGGAGGAGCUCUCCGGCGGCAAAGAAACAGAUUUAAUUACGGCCCCACACUUGCCUUCUUUGGCUGCUUCAAACCAAAUGCGGAACAGCAACGUCUUCCUGAAAAUCAUGUUCAACGAGGCUCUAAAUGCGAAUGGGGGACAUCUCUUUGUGACCCACACGGCAUCUGAAUGGCUGUUCAAAGGUUUCUUCGACGAGUUUCUGAAUUACUCCAUGUCACUGAAUAACCCAUUGGCCCCAGAAAUCGAGUCGAAUGAGUUUGCCUGGUUCCUCAACCGUAAUGGGUCAAAGGACUUCGAGGGUCCCUUCACUGUCCACACCGGAGUGGGUGACAUCAAGGAGAUGGGCGAAAUUAAGUAUUGGAAGGGUCAGAAUCACACGGGCUGGUACGAAGGAGAAUGCGGACGUCUCAAUGGCAGCACAACAGACCUUUUUGUGCCCGAUGAGCCCAAGGAGAAGGCUUUGACCAUCUUCAUUCCGGACACUUGUCGGAUCAUAAAUCUCGAGUUUACAGGACAGAGCGAAACGAUCCAGGGCAUCAAGGGAUGGAAGUACGAAAUAACACCGAGCACUUUCGACAAUGGACAGCUCAAUGGUAACGCGAGGUGCUGGUGUCCUUUGGAAAGCCAACCAGAUAAUUGCCCUGCCAGCGGAGCCACUGACUUAGGACCCUGUGCCAGUGGAGUUCCCAUGUACCUAUCUGCGGAUCACUUUAUGUACGCGGACGAAAGUUAUGGCAGCACGAUUAACGGAUUCAAUCCCAAUUAUGAUCAGAAUAACUUUUAUAUGAUCAUGGAGCGCAAGAUGGGAGUGCCUUUGAAGGUCAAUGCCAAUGUGAUGAUUACCUUGUACAUACAGCCAGACAGCAUUAUAGACAUACUGAAGGACCUUCCAAGUUUCUAUGCACCACUUUUCACCACUGCUAGUCGAGCCGAAAUCGAUGAAGCUCUUGCCUCAGAACUCAGGUUGGCGCUCAAUCUGCCCGCUAUAGGGAGAUAUACUGGAGUGGGAUUCCUGUGCCUGGGCUGCAUUCUUAUAGCAGUUGGCGUAUUACUUACCAUUAAAAGGAAGUGGUAUGGUCAGGCAGAGAUGGACAAACUGGUUCUCAAGGAUAACGAGGAAACUCCAGAUGAACCGGAAAUAGCGGACAAUGUGGUUGAAUGAAACUUGUAAUUUAUUAAUAACAUUUUUCACUGAUGAUCAGCACACAAUUUUUCAAAAACUGUUAUGUGAUAAAAUGUACAUAUUUUUUUUGUUCUAGCUUUAAAAUAUCUAAAAA